GAAGAACGGGCGCUAUGGGGAGCCGGACGCCAAGGUCCCCUCUCCACGUCGUGCAGCCGCGCUGGAGUCCCCGGCGCCGAACUCUGCUGCCGCCGCUGCCGCUAUUACUGCCGCUGCUGCUGCUGUUGCCGCCGCCACCCCGGGUCGGGGGCUUCAACUUAGACGCGGAGGCCCCAGCAGUGCUCUCUGGACCCCCGGGCUCCUUCUUCGGCUUUUCGGUGGAGUUUUAUCGGCCGGGGGCGGACGGGGUCAGUGUGCUGGUGGGAGCACCCAAGGCUAACACUAGCCAACCCGGAGUGCUGCAGGGUGGUGCUGUCUACCUCUGCCCCUGGGGCAUCAGCGCCUCACAGUGCACCCCCAUCGAGUUUGACAGCAAAGGCUCUCGCAUGCUGGAGUCUUCACUGUCGAGCCCAGAGGGAGAGGAGAUUGUGGAGUACAAGUCCUUGCAGUGGUUCGGGGCAACAGUUCGAGCCCAUGGCUCCUCUAUCUUGGCCUGUGCUCCACUGUACAGCUGGCGCACAGAGAAGGAGCCACUGAGCGAUCCUGUGGGCACCUGCUACCUCUCCACAGACAACUUCACCCGAAUUCUGGAGUAUGCGCCUUGCCGUUCAGAUUUCAGCUGGGCAGCAGGACAGGGUUACUGCCAAGGGGGCUUCAGUGCCGAGUUCACCAAGACUGGGCGUGUGGUGCUGGGUGGACCAGGGAGCUAUUUCUGGCAAGGCCAGAUCCUGUCUGCUACCCAGGAGCAGAUUGCAGAAUCCUACUACCCCGAAUACCUGAUCAACCUGGUUCAGGGGCAGCUGCAGACACGCCAGGCCAGUUCCAUCUAUGAUGAUAGCUACCUGGGAUACUCUGUGGCUGUGGGUGAAUUCAGUGGUGAUGACACAGAAGACUUUGUUGCUGGCGUGCCCAAAGGAAACCUCACCUAUGGCUAUGUCACCAUCCUUAAUGGCUCAGACGUUCGAUCCCUCUACAACUUCUCAGGGGAACAGAUGGCCUCCUACUUUGGCUAUGCAGUGGCUGCCACAGACAUCAAUGGGGAUGGGCUGGAUGACCUGCUGGUAGGGGCGCCCCUUCUCAUGGAGCGGACAGCCGACGGGCGGGCCCAGGAGGUGGGCAGGGUCUAUGUCUACCUGCAGCACCCAGCUGGCAUGGAGCCCACACCCAGCUUUACCCUCACUGGCCAUGACGAGUUUGGCCGAUUUGGCAGCUCCUUGACCCCCCUAGGGGACCUGGACCAGGAUGGCUACAAUGAUGUGGCUAUUGGAGCCCCCUUUGGUGGGGAGACCCAGCAAGGGGUAGUGUUUAUAUUCCCUGGGGGCCCAGGGGGACUGGGCUCUAAGCCCUCCCAGGUUCUGCUACCCCUGUGGGCAGCUGGCCACACCCCGGACUUCUUUGGCUCUGCCCUGCGAGGAGGCCGAGACCUGGAUGGCAAUGGAUACCCUGAUCUGAUUGUGGGGGCCUUUGGUGUGGACAAGGCUGUGGUCUACAGGGGCCGCCCCAUCGUGUCUGCCAGUGCCUCCCUCACCAUCUUCCCUGCCAUGUUCAACCCUGAGGAACGCAGCUGCAGUUUAGAGGGGAGCCCUGUGGCCUGCAUCAACCUUAGCUUCUGCCUCAAUGCUUCUGGAAAACACGUCCCUGACACCAUUGGCUUCACGGUGGAACUCCAGUUGGAUUGGCAGAAGCAAAAGGGAGGAGUGCGGCGGGCGCUGUUCCUUACCUCCCGACAGGCGAGCCUGACCCAGACCCUGCUCAUCCAGAAUGGGGCUCGGGAGGACUGCAGAGAGAUGAAGAUCUACCUCCGGAACGAGUCAGAAUUCCGAGACAAACUCUCCCCAAUUCACAUCACCCUCAACUUCUCCCUGGACCCCCAAGCCCCUGUGGACAGCCAUGGCCUCCAGCCUGUCCUACAUUACCAGAGCAAGAGCCGGAUAGAGGACAAGGCUCAGAUCCUACUAGACUGUGGAGAGGACAACAUCUGUGUGCCUGACCUACAGCUGGAAGUGUUUAGAACUCCCCCAUCCAGGGAACAGAACCACUAUGUUUACCUUGGCGACAAGAACUCCUUGAACCUAACUUUCCAUGCCCAGAAUGUGGGUGAGGGCGGCGCCUAUGAGGCUGAGCUUCGGGUCACGGCCCCUCCAGAGGCUGAGUACUCGGGACUCGUCAGACACCCUGGGAAUUUCUCCAGCCUGAGCUGCGACUACUUUACUGUGAACCAGAGCCGCCUGCUGGUGUGUGACCUGGGCAACCCCAUGAAGGCAGGAGCCAGUCUCUGGGGUGGCCUUCGGUUCACAGUCCCUCAUCUCCGGGACACGAAGAAAACCAUCCAGUUUGACUUUCAGAUCCUUAGCAAGAAUCUCAACAACUCACAAAGUGACGUGGUCUCCUUCCGGCUCUCUGUGGAGGCUCAGGCCCAGGUCUCCCUCAACGGUGUCUCCAAGCCUGAGACAGUGCUAUUCCCAGUGAGUGACUGGCAUCCCCGAGACCAGCCUCAGGAGGAGGGGGACAUAGGCCCUGCUGUCCACCACGUCUACGAGCUCAUCAACCUGGGCCCCAGCUCCAUUAGCCAGGGCACACUGGAGCUCAGCUGCCCCCAGGCUCUGGAAGGUCAGCGGCUACUCUAUGUGACCAGGGUCAUAGGACUCAGCAACUGCACCACCAGUCACCCCCUCAACCCACAGGGCCUGGAGUUGGAUCCUAUGGGUUCCCAGCACCACCAACUGCAAAGACGGGAGGCUCCAGGCCGGACCCCUGCCUCCUCGGGACCUCGGAUCCUGAAAUGCCCGGAGGCCGAGUGCUUCAGGCUGCACUGUGAGCUAGGGCCACUGCACCGGCAAGAGAGUCAAAGUCUGCAACUUCAUUUCCGAGUCUGGUCCAAGACCAUCCUGCAGCGGGAGCACCAGCCAUUUAGCCUGCAGUGUGAGGCUGUGUUUAAAGCCCUGAAGAUGCCCUACCGAAUCCUGCCUCGGCAGCUGCCCCAAAAGGAACUUCAAGUGGCCACGGCCGUGCAGUGGACCAAGGCAGAGGGGAGCCAUGGCGUCCCACUGUGGAUCAUUAUCCUAGCCAUUCUCAUUGGCCUUCUGCUCCUAGGUCUGCUCAUCUACGUCCUCUACAAGCUUGGAUUCUUCAAACGAUCCCUCCCAUACGGCACCACCAUGGAAAAAGCUCACCUCAAGCCUCCAGCCACCUCUGAUGCCUGAUCCAGACUCCCAAACCUGAAGGCCCAGUCCUUCCCCAUCCCCCAGUCUGCUGACAGGGAGGGGCUUGGGCACUUCCUGAAGGUGCUGAGGGCCAGGGAGAAGCUCCUCUCCCCAGCCCAGAGACAUACUUGAAGGGCCAGAGUGGGGGGGCAAGGAGCUGGGGACCCCCCCCAUGCACUGUGAAGGACCCUCGUUUACAUGUGCCCUCCUCAUAGAUGGGGGAACUCAGAUCCAGGGACAGAGGCCUCAGCCUCCCUACAGCCUUUGCAUUUGGGAGAGAGACUUCUCUGAAAACAACUUGGAACCAUAACUGGGGAAUCCAUUCUCAGUUCUCUGAGCUUGACAUGCCACCAGGACUUCCUGUCCAGCCUCAUCCUGCAAAGAUCUGCCCUCGGCCUUGCCAGGGACCCAGAGGAAGCCCCAGCUAAGAACCUGGAACCUGGGGAGUAAGACCUGGCAGCUCCGGAGAGUCCCCAUCCUGGAACACUAACCAUGGAUGGUGCCCCAGGACCAUCUCAGGGCAGAUCCCAAACAAGGAUUGAUGCUGGCCCAGAAUCCAGCUCCAGGGGGAACCAGAACUCAGAUAGGACCAGAUCUAGCCUAUGGCCUGGGACUGAUCCAGGACCCUGAAUCAGACCAUCGGUAACCUAACCAGGCGAUCCAGGACAACAUUUGGGCCUGCUCUAGACCUGGGCCUGGAGGCCCAAUCAACCCCUGAUUCAGGAGAAGUCAGGAAUUGCCCAGGACCCUGAAGGGGCCAUGAUGGCAACAGAUCUGGAACCUCAGCCUGGCCAGACGUAGGCCCUCCCAUUCCCCCUGGAGAAAGGGGAGCCCAUUGUCCUAGGCUCGCAGGAUUUGGGUUCU